AUGGAUUGCUUUCGGUCCACUCUAGUGGACUGUAAUUUGGGUGACUUGGGUUACCGUGGAUCGAAGUUUACGUGGAGUAACAAGCGGGAUUCAACAAAUUUUGUGAAAGAGAGGUUGGACCGUGCCGUAGCUUCUCCGGGUUGGUGCGCCAAUUUCUCAAGUGCCUUAGUUGAUGUUCUCCUAGUUAGUAAUUUUGAUCACAAGCCUCUUUGGAUUUGGUUUGAUGCGGAUUUUUGUAUUUCCUCUAGACUCUUCUGCUUUGAAGCUAAAUGGAAUAUUGAUGAGGAGUGCUCCACGAUUAUCCAAGAUGUUUGGGGCAAUGAGGAGGAUGGGAGGGACUCAAUGGAAGAUACCAUGCAGAACCUUUCAAGGUGCAAAAAUGCUUAA